UGGCGGAGAAGCAUGUCGAGUAUUGUUCUGACACUGUUGGCUGUUUCGCUUGUUCAAGUCCUUGCUCAUGGCAGGCAUGAUGCUCCCGGACUUAACCGUGGCCGAAGCUUCAGCUUUUAUAGGCAAUGCUGUUUGGACAACAGUUACAAGUGUAUGCAACAAGGAACCAGAAAAACAACACCAUGUUUUCUGUCCAAGGAAAAGGUUUGUGAUGGAAUUCCGCAGUGCCCACUAUUGGACGAUGAGCAAGCGUGCCCUAAAAUGUGCCGAAAAGAAGAUGCCGUCGCAAACAAUGGAACUGUCCUUGCAAGUACAGGGCCCUUCCUUGAAGGCUCUGCCCUACCGAUUCAGUGUAAUGCGGGGAACAUUCCUGCGAUGUACAACGGGAUGAACGCGUUAGUAUGUCAGGCGGACGGAUCCUGGAAAACCAUCGGGGGAUGCAAAC